UGAUCAAACCACUAUCAUCAUUUCCUGAAGAUUAUUAGUAUUUUUCAGGCUGAUUAUCUCUUAAACAACCUGACUAUGUGUGUGUGACUUGUCUGUGUGACUGGAAAACAGCAGAGAGGCGCUGUGAGAAAACACUUAGGGAACAUGAGGUGGAUAUGGCUCAUCGCUUGAGGAAGUUAUUGGAAAUUAUGACAUGACAUCACCACCGUUUUUUCGUGGCUUUGUUUGGUGCUUCUCCUGACCACGCCUUCCUGUCGGCUCCAUCAUAAAGCAGCCAGGCUGUGUAUCUGUGUGCACCAGUUGAACUCCAGUUUGUGUGGACAACAGGUGCACUACAGCCUCUCUCCAACCUCGCUGUUGGAUAAUGCCCGCAGAGCGCCGCUCGUCGCUUUGCGCAGGGCUUCCUCAUCUGCACUUUGGACAUUUGCACGUUUUUAUAUCCUGACCACUUCCAGCCACAAAAAUGCCUUUUCCGCCUAUCAGCCUGCAGCAGCGGAUCUCAUCUCCUGGCAGGGAACUGUUCGGGAAGAAGAAAGCCAGCGGAGUGCCUCCUCAGACUGAGCUCACCAGCAAAUCCGGCAGAGAGAAAGGGGGGUCCGAUAAGGAGAAGCAGUCCAUUUCUUGGACAUCAGCGAAUUUAAGGAACUUGGGGAGAAAGCCCCAACAGGAGAAGAGCAAAAGCCCAACUCAAAAGGCGGGUGUCGGCCAGGAAUCCCAGGGAAAAUCCUCCUGGCUGACGGUGCCCAAACCUCAGGACUCAUCCGAAGGAGUCAGGCGCUCCAGCUCCAUGGACUCCGCCAGACAGCUCCACGGUAAAGAGGAAGGGAAGAAGGAGAUUCAGUUUACACUCAGUCUCACACCCGAAGCCAUUCUUGUCAUACAAAAACGAAAUCUUGAAAAGCAGAUGAUGGCAAAGCAACAGAAAUGUUGCGCCUCGGCGGACUUUAGGCACAGGCGAGUUUUUCCAUCCAAAAAGGCGCACGGUGGGUCUAAAGGCUGCGCGCCUGUCGCCAAAGCGGAAAGCACCGAGCAGGACAUCACCGCAAUUGUUAAAAUAUCUCUUUUGAAUGAUCAAUACAAGUACGACGAUGUGGAGUAUGAAGAAGAGGAUGGAGACGUGGAUGAGACUGUUGUGAGGAAAUGUAAAGAGUGGCUCAAAGGGGUGGAGAAUGCCGCUGCUUUGGGAAAAGUCGACAAACUUUCUGCACUUCCGCACCUUAAAAGCUGCUGACACCUGACUUCUGAUGUUUCGUUUUGCAGCAGCAGACUGAGAACAGAGAUGAUGGACUCAUGAAAAAGUGUGCACCGGUGUAUGCCUGCUGCAAUGACAUCUUAAAUUUGAGUGUUGUAAAUUAAGCGUUUGGAAAUAAGGGGAAAGAAACCGCUUUCCUCCAGAGGAAUGUCGACUUGUUGAAGAAUUAUUUACUAAAAAUGUAUGUCACAAAAAAGACACGUAUUAAAAUUAUGAAAUAAGAGUAAAUUGCAUUAGAAUAAGAGCAAAUCUGACAACAAAAAUCAUUUUAAAGCUUAAUUGCAGCCUGUGGCUCUUCCAACAGUGCUUUUUAUGGUUCACAGGGAUGUUGCUUUGCCAGUUUAAUGCCUAACCAAUUUUUCUUUUUCUUUUUUGACGUUUAAACUGAAUACCUUAAUAUUCUCGUCCUUUGCACAUGGUUUUUGUUUUCAGUGGGGCGCCUGUGGAUUGGCAGAGUGCUUUGCGUAAAGGGACGCGAAACCGUUCCUUUGUGUUGGAGAACAAUAAGCUGUCAACAACAGGGCUUUAUAUGCGCCUGCUGCUGGAAACCAAACUGGACUGUUUAAGUUUCCUCUAAAAAGAGGGUUAUAUCCUUUGUAGGGAUUUAUCAGUGAUGUACAGUAUUUAAUAUUUGCUAAAUAUUUGUACUGUCAAAUUUGAAGUAAAAUGUCCUUUUUUAAAAUGAUGCAAGUGUCACUGACCCUUUUAAAUCUUUUAAAAGCU